UCCUUGGACUUUAUGGAAAUACUACAUAAUGUCACAGAAUUUUUCAUACUCUCACAGAACCCGGAAGUACAGAGAAUUCUCUUUGUGAUCUUUUUGGUCAUCCAUGUGGUCACAGUUUGUGGCCACAUUCUCAUUGUGGCCACCAUCACCUCCAGUCCUGCCCUGGCUUCCCCCAUGUAUUUUUUCCUGGCCAAUCUGUCCUUUAUUGGCACCUGUUAUUCUUCCUCUAUGGCCCCUAGACUCAUUGCUGACUCCUUGUAUGAGGGGAGAGCCAUCUCUUAUGAUGGCUGCAUGGCUCAGCACUUUGGAGCCCAUUUUUUUGGAGGUGUUGGGAUCAUUUUGCUCACAGUGAUGGCCUAUGACCGCUAUGUGGCCAUCUGCAAGCCCCUGCACUACACGACCAUCAUGACCAGGCACCUCUGUGCUAUGCUGGUGGGGAUGGCUUGGCUUGGGGGCUUCUUUCAUUCAUUGAUUCAGCUCUUGCUAGUCCUUCAGUUACCCUUUUGUGGACCUAAUGUGAUCAAUCACUUUGUCUGUGAUUUGUACCCUUUGCUGGAGCUUGCCUGCACCAACACAUAUGUCAUUGGUCUGCUGGUGGUGGCCAACAGUGGUGUGAUCUGCCUGUUGAACUUCCUCAUGCUGGCUGCCUCCUACAUCGUCAUCCUUCGCUCCUUGAGAUCUCACAGUGCAGACGGGAGGUGCAAAGCCCUCUCCACCUGCGGGGCCCACUUCACUGUUGUUGCCUUGUUCUUUGUGCCCUGUGUAUUUACGUACAUGCGUCCAUCAUCUACUUUAUCUAUAGACAAAAACAUGGCAGUAUUUUAUGGUAUCCUAACACCCAUGUUGAAUCCACUCAUUUACACCCUGAGAAAUGAAGAGGUAAAAAAUGCCAUGAGAAGGUUCUUCACAUAGUAAGAAACUGCAGGU